AUGAUUUCAAUAAAAUCGCCGUCUCUGACGCCGGUGCCCUGCGCGCAGGCUCUGCUCGGUGUGGGCUGUUUGGCUUUCGCCCUCCUCGCGUUCAUGCUGGUUCGCCAGCUCGUCAAGCAGAGAAGACCUCCUGGUUUUCCUCCCGGUCCAUCUCCCAUCCCUGUGAUAGGCAACAUUUUUUCUUUAGCCACCGAGCCGCACGUCUUUCUCAAGAAGCAGAGUGAAGUUCAUGGACAGAUUUUCAGCCUUGACCUGGGAGGCAUCUUGACUGUGGUGUUAAAUGGAUACGACUGUGUCAGAGAGUGCCUUUACCAUCAGGGUGAGGUGUUUGCUGAUCGGCCAUCACUACCUUUGUUCAAGAAAAUGACCAAAAUGGGCGGGCUUCUUAAUUGCAAAUAUGGCAAAGGCUGGAACGAACACCGCAAACUGGCAUGCAGCUCUUUUCGUUACUUCGGCAGCGGCCAGAAACUCUUUGAGAAGAAGAUCUCGGAGGAGUGCAUGUUUUUUGUUGAUGCCAUCGAUGAACACAAGGGAAAGCCCUUCAACCCCAAACAUCUUGUGACCAACGCAGUGUCCAACAUCACCAAUCUGAUCAUUUUUGGCCAGCGUUUUACCUACGAUGAUCGCAACUUCCAGCACAUGAUUGAGAUAUUCAGUGAGAAUGUGGAACUAGCAGUGAGUGGCUGGGCCCUCCUCUAUAAUGCCUUCCCUUACAUUGAGUAUGUGCCCUUUGGGAAACACCAGAAGCUCUUCCGCAAUGCUGCUGAGGUUUACAACUUUCUACAGGAGGUUAUAAACGGUUUCUCACAGGGCAGAGUGCCCCAUGCACCACGCCAUUAUGUUGAUGCCUACUUGGAUGAGUUGGAGCAGAAUGCAGGCGUUCAGGGGUCUUCCUUUUCUUAUGAGAAUCUCAUCUAUUCAGUGGGUGAGCUCAUUAUUGCUGGUACAGAGACUACAACUAACACUCUGCGCUGGGCCAUGCUCUACAUGGCUCUGUAUCCCAACAUACAAGAGAGGGUGCACAAGGAGAUCGACAGCGUGCUGUCCAAUGGGAGGGCGCCCACUUUGGAGGACAAACAGAGGAUGCCAUACAUAGAGGCUGUGCUGCAUGAGAUUCUACGCUUCUGCAAUAUUGUACCACUUGGGAUUUUCCGUGCCACGUCCCAAGAUGCAAAAGUCAAUGGGUACACAAUCCCCAAAGGGACCAUGGUGAUCACAAACCUCUACUCGGUGCACUUCGAUGAGAAGUACUGGAACGAUCCUGGUGUUUUCUCACCGGAGAGGUUUCUGGACAGCAGCGGCAAUUUUGUGAGGCGCGAGGCUUUCCUUCCAUUCUCCUUGGGGAGGCGUGGGUGCCUGGGUGAACAGCUGGCUAGAAUGGAGAUGUUCCUCUUUUUCACAACUUUGUUGCAGAGGUUUCAUCUUCAGUUCCCUCCAGGAACUGUCCCAACUGUCACUCCCAAGCUGGGCAUGACCUUACAGCCCAAAACUUACUACAUCUGUGCGAUCCGCAGGCAGCAGAAAGUUCCCUGCUCUGGAUACACUCCUUUUUACAAGUAGUCAGGUGAACAUUUUCAAUGGCUUGUUUAGCCAUUAUGUGUUACACUACUUUGCACAACAAUGCAAUUGCGUGAUAACUUAA